AUAUCGUGAUAUCCACACAAAAACUACCAAGCUACUACAUAAAAAGUUAUUAGACCAGAAAAUUUUCACUUCGUUUCAAGCGGCGGGUCUAAAACACAAUUCCCGGAUCAUUGUUUUACCAAUACUGGAACAAGCUUAAUUAACUUCUUCCUAAUGCUAACCUUAGGCCUAAUCACUACACUAAGACAAUGUUCUGGGGCUAAAUACUACACUAAGACGAUGUUUAGGCUUAAGCUUAGUAUUAGUAAAGGUUUAAUUAAGGUUGUUCCAGUAUUGGUAAAACAAUCAAGCCCUUUUAAGGGUUAACAAAAUUUCAAGCCACGCCCACAAAACGGGAUCUUGCUACCUCUUAGGGGUUCUUUUCAAAAUUUCCCACUAGCUUAUCAUAUUGGAGACGUUCCCCGCCCCCCUCCCCCCGCGCGCCCCGCCUGGUACCGACGCUUCCAGCGUCACAUGUAGAUUUAUCACUCAAAGUCACAUUGAAUAUUCACGACAAAGUAAUUCAAAACGCUAGAAACUACAGCAGAUUAUAACAAAUUAAAAAUAUAGAGCAAUUUGUGCUUUUUAAAUUUAAAUUAAAGCUGCGAGAAAAAAAAAUUAACGUGUCGCGUUUCGAUAGGACAGUACGCUGGUACUGCGGGCGCAGCCGUCCUAUAUAGUGCACACCGCACGAUACUAGUCAGCGGCUGACUUCAACAUGGAAAAUCCAACAUGGCGGCUCCUCCGGUUCAAGAAAAACACAACAUUUGCAUGGUUUCGGACUUCUUUUUUCCCAAUAUGGGCGGAGUAGAGAGCCACAUCUACCAGUUAUCACAGUGUCUAAUAGAACGAGGGCAUAAGGUUGUUGUAGUUACACAUGCUUAUGGUGAGAGAAGUGGAGUGCGUUAUUUAACAAAUUACCUCAAGGUCUAUUAUUUACCCUUUGGUCCUUUUCAUAAUCAAUGCGUGUUGCCAACUCUCUACACAACACUGCCGCUAAUGAGAUGUAUACUUAUACGUGAGAGGAUAACCAUAGUUCAUGGUCAUUCUGCUUUUUCCACUCUUUGCCAUGAUGCCCUUCUUCAUGCUCGUACCAUGGGACUUCACACGUUGUUUACUGACCACUCCCUUUUUGGCUUUGCCGAUGCAAGUUCCAUCAUAACCAAUAAAUUUUUACAGUUUUCAUUGGCAGACAUCGAUCACGUGAUUUGUGUUUCACAUACAAGGUUUGUCUAGAACUCUUCUGUGUCAGUGAAUAAUAAAUUAAUGCAACCAUGUUCUAUGUGUUAAAAGAUAUUUCAUGGAUACGGAAUGGUAGCUCAGUGACCAUUCUUAACCUAUUAACACCAGUGCCACCCGUAACCACCCAUGAUGAGCAUUGGCCUUCAUUCCACAUCUGAUGUCAUCACCUUUGGUCAAAAUUGGCAUCACCUAUACUCAAGUUCUGCAGGAGGAAAAGAUCUUUCCAAUGAUACCCAGAUCAGAAUGACUGGGUCAAUUGAGCAUGAAUGUUAUAAAAAAUGUUA